CCCCGUGAUCUAUCUAUAUAUCUACCUACCUAUACCUAAUAUCUGGAUUCAUGAAUUUCCUAGUGUUCUGCCCAUACAUUCGAUGCUUAGACUUUUAAGGUAUUUAUACCAUUCUUGCUUCAAAGUGUCACCGACACCGGAUACCUUGAGUUGCGAUAAGAACCUUGCCUGCAAUGGGUGACCCAGAAGUUCUCUUCUCAGCUUCCCUCAUCUCACCGGACGUCACCCGCUCUCUGCCAGAUGGCUUUGCUCUGCGCCCACUGGAGAGGCGGGAUUAUAGCAAAGGAUUCUUUGACUGUUUGCGAGUCCUUACAUGGGUGGGGGAUGUUAGCGAGACCGACUUCAUCGAGCGCUACGACGAGAUGGUGGAGUCUAAGGGUACAUAUUACUUCGCCGUGAUCGAGCACGAGAAUCGCAUCGUCGGAACAGGUGCCUUGGUAGUGGAAAAGAAGUUCAUCCAUAAUCGCGGCAAGUGUGGCCACGUUGAAGAGAUUUCGGUAGCCAAGGAGCACCAGGGGAAAGGACUCGGUCUGAAGAUGAUUCAAGCUUUAGACUCCGUGGCCAUCAAUCUAGGCUGCUACAAGAACAUACUCAAUUGUGGUCUACGUAAUGAGCCCUUCUACGUUAAGUGCGGGUACCAUAACUCUGGCGUAGAGAUGUCUCGCUACUUCGAGGCAGAGCGUGAUGAUUAUCAUCGCGGCUAAAAUAUGGAGAGAGGGGGAUAGCAGAAGCAUAUAUGUUAUAGGAAGCGUAAAGGAUAAGGGGUAAGGGGUAUAGUUCUCUAUUUAUUUAUACCUGGGUACUCCGAGAGAAAAUGGGUUAAUAAUGGGGGUUGGCUUGAGACUAUCUAUCUAUAUAGUAUGUGAAUAUUCCCACCUGGCGUGAUAUCAUUGAUGAUAUGACGUGAAGGGAAAUUGUCAGGGGAACACGACGUGGUCGUACAACUUUGCCAUGUCAGCGUAGUAACAUGACGGGUAUGGAAUAUAAUGCGGAACUUGAGCUUACUUAGCGAUUCUUUGUCUUUUUUUCUUUUUUUCCCUCCCCCCACGCCCACGCCUUCCUUUUUCGAAGUUCGGGCUUUGGGGGUUGGGGGUUGGGGGUGAGGGGUUGGGAAAAGGGGCUAAAGGUACAUUUACAGCAAGCUGCGAGCUUGAAGCCUAGCGUAUCGUGUUAGCUGCUAAAGGCCGAGAAGAUAUAUGCUUUUCUGGGUCUAAUGUACUACGGUCUAAUUA